AGAGAAGAUAUAAGUUUACGAUAUUCAGUUUUCAGAAAUGUUGGCGUUCCUUGAAUCCGGACGAUACCAUUAUCUGGAGAUUUUCACCGCCCUGGUCUUUGUGGGAUCAAUUAGUGUCGGAAUAGCAGAAAGCAGAAAUGUGCAGAUUUUCAACAAGGAUAGCUACAAUGCAGUAAACUACGCUGCCAUAAAUUGUCGUAAACACACCGCAUUUCUGACAGAUUUUGGAGGUGUUGGAGAUGGAAAAACAUUGAACACAAAGGCAUUUCAAGCUGCCAUUGCCAAUCUUAGCCAAUAUGCUGAUGAUGGAGGUGCUGAACUUAUUGUACCAGCAGGGAAAUGGUUGACUGGUAGCUUCAAUCUCACUAGCCAUUUCACCCUUUUCCUCCACCGUGGUGCUACCAUUCUUGCUUCUCAGAAUGAAGCAGACUUCCCUAUAAUUGCUGCGUUACCUUCUUUUGGAGUAGAAAAGGAUUUUCCUGACGGAAGGUUUUCUAGUCUCAUUCGUGGCAUAAACCUUACUGAUGUUGUAAUUACUGGUAACAAUGGUACAAUUGAUGGUCAGGGUGCUCCUUGGUGGGACAAAUUUGAGAAGGGUCUAUUUAAGGCGAGCCGACCAUUAUUGAUUGAUAUUAUGUACACUGAUCAACUCCAAAUAUCAAAUAUUACUUUAGUCAAUUCUCCAUCUUGGCAUGUCCAUCCUGUCUACUGCAGUAAUGUGUUGGUCCAAGGAGUGACAAUUAUUGCCCCUGUUGAAGUUCCUAAUACAGAUGGGAUCAACCCAAAUUCGUGCACAAAUACUCGGAUUGAAGAUUGUUACAUUGUAUCUGGAGAUGACUGCAUUGCAAUUAAAAGUGGCUGGGACCAGUACGGAAUUAAAUUUGGAAUGCCCACAAAAGACGUAGUUGUAAGAAGGCUAACCUGCAUUUCCCCUCAAAGUGCUGGCAUAGCUCUUGGAAGUGAGAUGUCUGGUGGAAUUGAAAAUGUUAGAGUUGAGGACAUCACAGCUUUCACUAGCCAAUCCGCUGUUAGGAUCAAAACUGCACCUGGAAGAGGAGGUUAUGUUAAAGACAUAUUCGUAAGAAGGAUGACCUUGCAAACCAUGAAGUAUGUUUUCUGGAUAUCAGGCAACUAUAAGACACAUCCAGAUGACGGCUUUGAUCCAAAUGCACUAGCUGAGAUCAAGAAUAUAAACUAUAGAGACAUUGUAGCACGGAAUGUGAACAUGUCAGGAGCAUUUGAUGGAUUUCCUACCAAUCACUUUACUGGAAUCUGCAUGUCUAAUGUAACUAUACAAUUGAGUCAAACUCCAAAAAAGCCGCAAUGGAACUGCAGUAAUGUGGAGGGAGUUUCAAGCCAUGUGACUCCCACACCCUGCAGCUUAUUUCCUGAAAAACCUGUUGACUGCACUUUCCCAGAAGAUAAGCUGCCAAUUGAAAGCAUACACCUGAAAACUUGUACUGCCAAGAGAGUUUUUCCUGGAGUAUAACUCUAACUUGAAAUUUAUUAUAAUAAUAGAUGGUCGGUAGAUUAAUGAUCAACCAUGUUAAGGAAGUAAAUAAUAUGAAAGAAGGAGAAAUAAUUGAAUGUUUGUGCUGCUAUUUA